CCUUCUCUUCCAGGCACCCUCCAUACCACAGCCAUGGCCUGCAACACCCUCUGCCGACCCUGCGGACCCACCCCGCUGGCCAACAGCUGCAACGAGCCCUGUGCCCUGCAAUGCCAGGAUUCCCGCGUCAUCAUCAACCCCUCCCCUGUGCUGGUCACCCUGCCAGGACCCAUCAUGACCUCCUUCCCCCAGAACACCGCCGUCGGAUCCACCUCCUCGGCUGCCGUGGGCAGUGAGCUCAGUGCCCAGGGACAGCCCAUCUCUGGUGGAUUUGGUGGCUUUGGCUACGGCCUUGGCUACGGCCGUGGGUUUGGCUAUGGCUGUGGCUAUGGGCUGGGAGGCCUGGGCUGCUAUGGCAGAAGGGGCUACUACACCUGCUAAGGACUGGUUCACCACC